AUGAAUAAUUCUGUAUUUGGAAAAACAAUAGAAAACAUAAGAAAAAGACAAAAUAUAUUUAUUAUUGAUGAUCUUAAAAAAGCUGUAAAAUUAACAAGUCGUCCUAACUUUGAUAGAGCAACAAUAUUUGAUAAAAAUCUUAUUGCGAUUCAUAUGAAAAAAACAGAAGUGUAUUUUAACAAACCAGUAUAUGUUGGACAAGCAAUUCUUGAUCUAUCAAAAACAUUAAUGUUUGAUUUUCAUUACAACUAUAUUCAAAAGAAAUAUAAAGACAAAGCUGAGUUAUUGUUUACAGAUACGGACUCGUUGAUGUAUCAGAUUAAAACAGAUGAUUUUUACAAAGAUAUAUCCUAUGACAUACUAGCCAAGUUUGACACCUCUGAUUAUCCUCCCAGUCAUCCAUCUAGUAUCCCAACAGGAGUUAACAAAAAAGUAAUAGGAAUGUUUAAAGAUGAAGUAGCAGGAAAACAAAUUACUUGUUUUGUUGGAUUGCGACCCAAACUUUACAGUUUUAGAAUAGAAGAAGAUAAAGAGGUAAGAAAGUGUAAAGGAAUAAAGAAAAAUGUUGUAAAAAAGACAAUGGAUUUUGAUGAUUAUGUUGAUUGUUUAUUUUUAGGUAAAAAGCAAAUGAGAUCGAUGAAGAUUAUAAGAAGUGAAAAACAUGAUAUAUAUUUAAAAGAAGUUAACAAAAUAGCUCUUAGUAAUGAAGACGAUAAACGCGAACUGAUGUUUAAUAAGAUAAAAACCAUCGCUUUAAGAUAAUAAGAUAUUAAUAAUAAAUGAGUUAUACAGAAGAAGAAAUAGAAAAAUAUUUAGAAAUAUUAAGAAGUUAUAACACCCAACCAGAAGAGAAAGAAAAUAAAAAAGUUAGAUGUAAGAAUUGUCAAAGCGAUAAUUUUUCUAUUGAAUCAGGUUAUAAUAUUUGCGAUUCUUGCGGUUUAACAAAUGGUCAUGUUCUUGGUUAUUUUGACUUGAAAGAGUACGAUCGAUUUCAUUUUCGAAAGAAGAGUAUUUAUCAGAGAAAGUAUCACUAUGAGAAAAAGGUUGAUCAAGUUUCAAAAAGAAUAAAUCUAUCUGAUGAUGAAAAGUGUGAAUUGUAUAAUAAACUAAUGAAUAUAGAUAACCACGUAAUGGAA